CGAGAACACUUGGCUUUGCCGUUCCCUGAGGAAAAUGCCCCCGACUCGCCCUGACCCCGGUUCCCCCCGCAUCUCCAGCGGCGGGAGCGCGCCCCGCCCUGCAGACAAUGCGGGAGCGGCCCGGGGAGGCCUCUGGGUGCGGUAGUUCCCUGCCCAUCACCUGAUGCCGCGGGAGGCGCAGCCGGGACUACAGCCCCCGCCAGGCAGCGCGCCCGCAGCCCGGCUGGUGCAAUCACACCUUAGCACGCCCCGCGGCCGGGGCCGGCGCCGGCUGGGAAAAGGAUGGGUUUGCCCGGGACUCUUCCAGAGCACUAGCGCGGGCGCUUCAGUCGGGGCAGGGGGCUGCAGCGCUAUUCGGGUGCAAUGGUGGUUUCUAUUUCUAUUUCUGCUCCUGUGGUGGCAUCGCAGCACUGCAGGAUCAGUUGUAUCCAUUGCAGUUAAGUUUGCGGGAUCUGGACAUGAGAGGAUCGAGCGUGUACGUGUAACUGUGCCAGCUCUUCGGCAUUUCUCCUGACCGCACCUCCUGCUCGCCUGCAUCUGGCUAGCGCCCGGCUCCGACUACAGAAUACACCGAUCCCCAGCACUUGUAUCCUUCAUCCGGUUGUGGGAGCUCCCCGAGCGAGCAUGCAUCGGUUUGUGCUGGUUGCCAGGCGAGCCGCGGCGCGGCUGUGCGGGCCGGGGGGCUGCCGGGGCGGAAGGACGGACAUGGCUCUGCGCCGCGCCGCUUCGCUGGCGGCCGGCCGGCAGCCGCGGGGUCCCCGGCGGGAGGGGACGGUACGCUGGAGCAGCGCUGCCAAGGCCUCCGCCGUGAAGAUCAACGAGAAGGCGAGCCGGGAGAAGAUCCUGACGCUGGAGUCCAUGAACCCGCAAGUGAAGGCGGUGGAAUACGCGGUGCGCGGCCCCAUCGUUCUGAAAGCCGGGGAGAUCGAGAAGGAGCUGCGGAAGGGAAUCAAAAAACCUUUUACUGAAGUGAUUAAAGCCAACAUUGGAGAUGCUCAUGCAAUGGGACAGAGACCAAUCACCUUCCUCCGUCAGGUGGUGGCCCUGUGUACAUACCCAAACCUGCUGGACAGCCCGAGCUUUCCGGAGGACGCCAAAAAGCGCGCCAGGCGGAUCUUGCAGGGCUGUGGAGGAAACAGCUUAGGAUCCUACACUGCUAGUCAAGGUAUAAAUUGUAUCCGUGAAGAUGUGGCUUCAUAUAUUGAAAGAAGAGAUGGAGGGGUUCCUGCAGAUCCAGAUAACAUUUACCUCACCACUGGGGCAAGUGAUGGCAUUUCUGCAAUUUUAAAGAUCCUGAUCUCAGGAGGUGGCAAAUCCCGAACAGGAGUGAUGAUUCCUAUUCCCCAGUAUCCCUUAUACUCAGCAGCCAUCUCUGAACUGGAUGCUAUCCAGGUGAACUACUAUUUGGAUGAAGAAAAUUGCUGGGCUCUAAAUGUGAACGAGCUUCGCCGUGCCUUGAAUGAAGCUAAGGCAUAUUGCAAUCCAAAAGUCCUCUGCAUCAUCAACCCUGGAAAUCCCACAGGACAGGUGCAAAACAGAAAGUGCAUUGAAGAUGUGAUACACUUUGCAUGGGAAGAAAAACUUUUUCUUCUGGCUGAUGAGGUUUACCAGGACAAUGUGUACUCUGAAGGAUGCCAGUUUCAUUCCUUCAAAAAGAUUCUGUAUGAGAUGGGACCCGAGUACUAUAACAAUGUUGAGCUGGCCUCUUUUCACUCCACCUCUAAGGGAUACAUGGGCGAAUGUGGCUACAGAGGAGGCUACAUGGAGGUCAUAAACUUGCACCCAGAAAUCAAAGGACAGCUGGUUAAGCUGCUCUCUGUUCGCCUUUGCCCUCCAGUCUCAGGACAAGCAGCCAUGGAUAUUGUGGUGAAUCCUCCAGUACCUGGAGAAGAAUCUUAUGCACAGUUCAUAAAGGAGAAGGAAUCUGUUUUGAACAAUCUUGCCAAAAAAGCCAAACUAACAGAAGACAUGUUUAACAAGAUCCCAGGAGUUCACUGCAACCCCCUUCAAGGAGCCAUGUACGCUUUCCCUCGGAUCUUUAUUCCCUCCAAAGCCAUUGAGGAAGCAAAGGCUCAUAAAAUGGCACCUGAUAUGUUCUAUUGCAUGAAACUUCUGGAAGAGACUGGAAUAUGUGUUGUACCUGGAAGUGGAUUUGGCCAGAGAGAAGGAACCUACCAUUUCAGAAUUACCAUUCUUCCUCCAGUAGAGAAGCUGAAGAUCCUACUGGAGAAAGUGAAAGACUUCCACAUAAAGUUUCUUGAAAAAUAUGCAUGAAACUACUGUGGCUUUUCCCCCCUCAUCCCCUCCCCUUCGAGGCAAAUAGAGACAAUGAACAAUGAUGUGCUGAGAAUGUGCUGUUUAUCUAAUUUAACUAAAUUCAAAAUAGAUAGAACCAGACUCAGAUACUAUUGGACUAUUAAAGUUAUGUCUGGUAUAGAAGACAUUGUUACACUAAGUUUUUUUUUUUGAAGGGGAAGAAUGUGAAGAAAGUGGUGAGAAGAAAGAGUCAGUAAAUGUUUUUGUGCCUUGAUUGAAAGUUACAUUUGUGAACUUUUGAUUCAAUAGGUUGGGGAAGGGAAUUUCUCAUUAAAAUUACUACUGUCAUGUGGGUUUUUUACAUAACACAAAUGCCAAGUUCAAUUGUUUAGAUAGGAAUUGGUUUCCCAUCUUAAAAUUUUACUAAACAAAAAUCAAAACUCCUACAUUAUAGGUAUUGCUUGGUUUAACUUUUGUUGUUUUUGUUGUUAAGUAUGAAGUGUUCUCCAAACCCGACCAAGCAUGUAGGGACAGCAUGCUUAUUUUAAAAAAUCUUCAGCAGAUGUGUCCAGAUACCUUUGAAAUUCUGCUGAAAAGAAAUCCUGCCAUCCCAGCAUAGCUGGAAUGGAAUAUACAGUGUGGAUCAGAGGAGUGAACGU